UGAGCCUCCUUUGAGUGGCAGCUGCGAGGCUCGCCGAUUGACGGAGAUAGCGGGGGAGAGAAAGGAGGGAGAAAGCGCCCCCUCCGCGCCUCACCAUGAGUUUCCUGAUCGACUCCAGCAUCAUGGUCAUCUCUCAGGUGCUUUUCUUUGGAUUCGGAUGGCUGUUCUUCAUGCGGCAGCUCUUCAAAGACUAUGAGGUGCGACAGUAUGUUGUACAGGUUGUCUUCUCUGUCACUUUUGCUUUUUCCUGCACCAUGUUUGAACUCAUCAUUUUUGAAAUUCUAGGAGUCUUAAACAGCAGCUCCCGGUAUUUUCACUGGAAAUUGAACCUGUGUGUGAUUUUGCUUGUCUUGGUGUUCAUGGUGCCAUUUUACAUUGGCUACUUCAUUGUGAGCAACAUCCGAUUGUUGCACAGACACAGACUGCUUUUUGCCUGUGUUGUUUGGUUAACAUUCAUGUAUUUCUUCUGGAAACUGGGAGAUCCAUUUCCUAUCCUCAGUCCAAAACAUGGAAUUCUUUCCAUAGAACAGCUCAUCAGUCGGGUGGGAGUGAUUGGGGUGACUUUAAUGGCUCUGCUUUCUGGAUUUGGUGCAGUCAAUUGUCCAUACACUUAUAUGUCUUAUUUUCUCAGGAAUGUUACAGAUGCAGAUAUUUUAGCUUUGGAACGUCGUCUCCUCCAAACCAUGGACAUGAUAAUCAGCAAGAAGAAAAGGAUAGCGAUGGUUCACAGAAACAUGUUCCAGAGAGGGGAAGUAAACAACAAGCCCACUGGUUUCUGGGGGAUGAUAAAAAGUGUUACAACAUCUUCAUCAGGCAGUGAAAAUCUGACACUUAUCCAGCAGGAGGUGGAUGCCUUGGAGGAGCUGAGUCGGCAGCUUUUCUUGGAAACAGCUGACCUGCAUGCUACCAAGGAGAGAAUAGAAUACUCCAAAACAUUCCAAGGGAAAUACUUUAACUUUCUUGGCUACUUUUUCUCCAUCUAUUGUGUUUGGAAAAUUUUUAUGGCAACAAUCAAUAUCGUAUUUGACCGGGUUGGGAAGACUGAUCCAGUUACGAGAGGAAUUGAGAUCACUGUGAAUUAUUUGGGCAUCCAGUUUGAUGUAAAAUUCUGGUCCCAGCACAUUUCCUUUAUCCUGGUUGGCAUAAUUAUUGUCACUUCUAUCAGGGGUUUAUUGAUAACACUCACAAAGUUUUUCUAUGCUAUUUCAAGCAGCAAGUCUUCCAAUGUGAUUGUUCUGUUGCUGGCACAGAUCAUGGGGAUGUAUUUUGUAUCUUCGGUGCUUUUGAUUCGGAUGAGUAUGCCUCUCGAGUAUCGCACUAUCAUUACUGAAGUUCUUGGAGAACUGCAGUUUAACUUCUACCAUCGCUGGUUUGAUGUUAUAUUCCUCGUUCCAUAUACAAACUCAAAGUUGCUAGACUUGCCCACACAUCUGGAAACCCACAGAGGAUGGGGGAAAUCUGCUGAGGUGGGGGAGAGAGUGAUCUGGAUUGAUAUCUUCCUUAAAUGCCCUGAUCCAGCUAAAGUUGCAGCCUUGGGCAGAAUGGCAGGAUAUUAGUGUCUUAAAUCAAUCAACCAACACACAAUGGUGACUAAAGCCCACUUGAACCAAUGGAAGAAGUCUGAUGUGUGUACCUUAAGUCCCAGUGCUUUUGAUGGAACUUAGUCGCAUGUGCUAUAUAUAUUGUGUCAGUACAACAGCUCUGUAAGGUAGACCUGUAUCAUCAUCUCUAUACUACAUUCAGGCCUGAGUCUGCAAGAUGGUGGCUUGCCUAAGGUCACCUACUAAAUUCAUGGUUAAGCUGGAAUUUGAACAAAGGGCUCCCUAAGCCACAGUCCAUGGCCACAUUGGGACGUAAUGUGAAGUCAGAGUUAAAUGGGGCAGAGGUUGGAACUCCAUUACAUCUGCAUUCAUGCAACCAUGGUUUCGAGCUAAAAGCAACCUGUGGUUUGCCUCGCCAAACUCCAGUUUGAACCUUUGGUUUGCAGUAGGUUUUGCUGCUGGAACCUGAGGUUUGGCCGCUGCAGCGUUACAUCCGAACACGGACACUGCCAUAACCAGUUUGGUUCAGCUCUUAGAACCGCAGUAAUAGAGACGGUGGCCCAGACCUGCCCAGGAGGCGGAAGCUCUAUGCAAAUCACAGCUCUCGAUGGCCACCUCUCAGCCAAUGCACAACACCCUCACCAAGCUCUUUUCUCUUUCCUAUUCUGCCUGGCAACAGUGAUGCAGCCAGACAAUUUAAAAAGACACAACCAUUUAGGGUUUUACCAGCUUUUUGACACUCUCAAGGGGAACUGGGUGCCCCCUUGGAUGUAGGGGGAGAAAGAUGGGGAUGGUGGAAAGUGGGGAGGCAAUCCCAUCCAUGGCUGCACAUGUCUUGCUGUUCCAGGUUUACAGGUGGCCAUCUGUGCAUAAACACAGGAGCACACAACACAGCACUACACAGCAGCAGUGCCAGGGGCGUAGCAAGGUUGGAGUGGGCCCAGAGACGAGAUUUUAAAAUGCCCCCCCCCAAAGUCCAGGGCCUCCUCACACCCCAGGCCCCCAAGGAUUUAAGUCUAAUAUUUCAAAAUAAGUAUGCUGCCUAGAAAUACAUUUCACUGAACAAACACACACACACUUCACAAUAUAUAGUGAUAUACAUUGAGUACUAUAUAUUUGUGCUACUUUUAAUGCCUAGAACACACUAGAAACACUAAUUAUUAAAAUGGGACCCUCGCUGCAGAUUAGCAAAGGAGACUUGCAACCAUGCAGUGUGAGCCUAUGUAUGUUUUCUCAGAAUUUUGAACAAAUUCAGUAAAGUUUGAUUGCAGGAGGUUUUUCACAGGAGGCUUUUAAAGCCCUUUAAGACACAUCUCCUCUGGAAUGGAGGUGCUGCAUUCACAUGUUGGCCAGAUUUACCCUGAAGUCCCUGCAAGUUAUUGGGGAGCAGUUCACACACAAGAAAAAUAAAAUAAAAUAAAAGCACCACACAUGCUUCACAGAUCUCACUCAGACCUUCUGGGUUGCAAAACAACUUGAGCAUAAGUGCAUUUAUAAAUGAAUGAAUGAAUGAAUGAAUAAAUAUAAUAUUGUUUGUUCCAGAA